GCUGCCAAAAUGGCGGCCUCCACAGCAGAGGAAAGUGAAGUUGUGACAAGUUUAUCGGUCAUUUUAGGGAUUUCCAAAGAAGUUAUUGCUCAGUUUUCAACUACAAAUGAAGAUGCAGACGCAUUCCUACUCAAAGUCAAGCAGAUGUUCGAUGUGUACUCGUCUAAAGAUGAAAAAAUUCGCUCGGACAUGGCUGCCCUUCGACGGGCACGUGUAGACGCAGAGCAACAGUUCAACCAAAUAGAGAAGCAGCUCAUCUCCUGCAAUGCUAAACUGGAGUCAGAGCAAAAACAGCAUGAACGACUCCAAAAGGAACACGAAGAAACUGUGGCUUCACUUGCAGAAAAGCAGAAAAGACUUCAAGAAGUAGAGGGUAUUAAAGAAGAUGCAUCAACUAAUUAUACGCGUGUGUCACGACUCAAUGAACAACUUGAGUCAGAAAAACUAGAGCUCUUGUCAGUUGUAGAGCGUAAAAACCAGGAGAUUGACAGAUUAAAUGAGGAGUGGAAAAGCAUGUCAGAAAAACUGGCUGAAGCCAAUGGGGUCAAGUGUGCAGCUCAGGCCAAACUUGAUCAAAUUCAAAGUCAGGAAACUUCUUUUAAGUUCCGAGAAAAGAGAAUUGAACAAGAAAGGGAGCUUAUUGAGCGACAGAAUAAAUGGCUGAAUGAAGAACUCAAAAACAAAACUGAUGAACUAGUACAAACUCGGAAAGAAAAGUCAUCCCAAGUAUUGGAACUUCAAUCACAGUUGGAUGAGAAAACUGAAGAGCUUUCUCAUCUUAAAGCAUCAUCAGAGACCUUAAAAGAACAGAGUAAUGCAAUGAACAGCAAAGUCCUAAGCUACAUGCAGCAGCUACAAGCGGCUCGUGAGCAGUUGAUUAAGAUGGAAGACAACUUCAAAACAGAACUAGCUUCGCAGUCAAAGCUGGCAGUACUUUAUAAGGUCGACUUGAACUUGAUAGCAGAUCAAAGGAACAAGAGAAUUCCCAUUUGGAGAAAGUUAAAGAACUUGAGGAAAGGAUCAGUAAACUAGACAAGGAACUUGAAAAUGCCAAUGAUUUAUUAGCAGCUGCUAGACAAAGAGGUACAGCACCUCUUACUCCAGCUGAGUUAAGCACACUUUCUCCAACUGCUGCAGCAACAAGUUCAUUCAUGAAGACUGGAAUGACCCUUACUCAGAUUUACAGUCAAUACGUCGAAGUCUCUGAUGCUUUGCAGCAAGAAAAAGAUGAGAAUAUCAGACUGAAACAGUACCUGGAUCAGAUACUUAAGGAAAUUGAAGAGAAGGCACCAGUGCUUCAACAACAGAGAAGAGACUAUGAGCAAGCAUUGCACAGUGUGGAUCAGCUGUCAAGGAGACUGGACUCAGCUCUUGUGGAAAAUGAAGAGUGUAAAGUUAUUGCUGAUGAGGCUACCAAAAAGAGUGAACAUCUGAAAAGAGAGAAUGAUAGAUUGAGGAAUCUUUCUGCUGACCUAAGUCAACAGGUACAGGUCUUAUUAAAAGAAUGUGAGGAGGCAAGAGGAGGUGUGGUCAGCUCUGAGUUGAAUUUGCACCCCAUGUCAAGUGCUGAGGUCACCAGUUCAUCGCAAGUCAUCUCUGAACACCUUGUUACUUUCAGGAGUAUAGAGGAACUUCAACAGCAAAACCAGAAACUUCUGGGAGUCAUCAGGGAAUUAAGUGAGGAGAAAGAAAAGAGAGAAGGAGAAGACAUUAUGAAGGGGUUACAGAAUCAGUUGGACAUGUCACUGAAGGAAGUUGAAGUUCUCAAGGAAUCAAGAGAGAGGCAAAUGAAUAUGGUUGAGGCUGUGAUCAGGCAACGGGACAUGUACCGUGUUUUGUUAGCCAAUAGUGGACAAACUCCAAUCCCAACAGGAGACCUCGACCCAUCUGUUUUGGCAUCUUCUCCAUUACUCAAGACCCCGGAUAAGUCAAGUGCCGAACUAGAGGAAACUAAAGUGGCUCUAAAAGAACUACAGAGACAUUUUGAAACCUACAAAACUGGGAGAGUACAGGCUGAGGAAAAAUUGAAUGAAAGGCUAGAUAAAUUACAAGCUGAAAAUCUUGAGUUAAAUGGAAGCAAUGCCAGAUUGAAGUCUCAGCUGGAGUUUGCCGAAGAACGUUAUGGAAUGUUGAAGUCAAACUCUGAGGCUUUCAAGAAAGAAGCAUCCGCUGCCUCUGAGAAGUCUCAAAGCUUGCAGAUGGCACUUGGCAAGUUGCAAGCUAAUCUUGACAGUCUAUCACAGGAACUAACAAACACCAAAGAAAAAUUUAAUAAACUUGAGGUAACUUGCGAAAACAUGAAAGGAGAGAAAGCCAUGAUGAAGGAGUCAGAGGUUCGCCUAAUGCAGGAAAACAAAAGCUUGUUGGAACAUCAGAAAUCACAAAAUGUUCUGGUGACAAAUCUACAGACUCUACAGAAUAACUUAGAGAGAUCUGAGUUUGAGGCAAGAACAAGACUUGGUUCUCAAGUUGAGACCUUACAGCGUGAAGUGAAUCUUCUGAAGAGGAAGCUGGAAUCUGAAGACAAGCAUCACAAGAGUGUCAUCGAUACUUGGCAGAACCGUGUUCAAGAACUACAGUCACAACUGAAUGCAGAGAUGAAAACUCACCAGCAGGCAAGGGAACAGCUGCUAACUUCAACCCGGGAUAUUGAUUCAGUGCAGCUCAGAUGUACUGAAGCUGAAGCCCAACUGCAAGCUGCUGAGAGACGAAUAGCUGACAUUUUAGGAAAAGAUACAAGUUCUCUCCAGGAGGCUGACGAAGAGAGGAUAAGAAAAGAGGUUGAAGAACAGUACACCAUCAAGGUUCAGGAAUUUGAGUUGAAAUUAACCACUGCAGAGGUAAAAAUGAAAGGCCUUGAGGAACAGUUGGAGCAAGCCAAGCAACAUGUUGAACAGUUUAGAUCCAUGUCAGAAGCCAAUGAAUCUGCUCUUGGUGAUUUGAACAAGGCAAGUGAUGAAUUUAAACGAUCCACAGAGGGUAAACUCAAGACAGCAGAGCAAGAUAUUGCCCAGUACAAAUCUCAGAUUGCCACUCUUCAAGCCCUGAACCAAGAUCUUAAUGCAACAAGAGCCAAAUUAACCAGAGAAGCUGAGUCACAAACUAAGAGUUUACGUGACAUGUUGAGUAAGGUAAGGGGGGAGCUGGAUGAGGCUUUAAAGAAGGCCCAGACAUCUACUGCAGCUGAGAUGACAGCAAAAGAGGAACUGAAGGAACAAGCUUUGUUGGCUACAGAGGCUCAAGAUAAGUAUGAGAGGGAACUUGUCCUCCACGCUAAUGACGUUCAAGCUUUGUCCACAGCUAAAGAACAGCUCCAAGAACAAAGCAGUAAGUUUAAAGAAAUAGAGGACCGUGCCCUGGCAGCAGAACAGAAACUGCAGGAAUAUGCAAAGUCUUGGGAAGAUCAGAAAAAGGCAAGAGCUUCAGAAGCUAAAAAACUAGAGGCUCGCUGUGCUGACCUUGUGAAUCAAAACUCCAUGCUUCAUGGCCAGCUAGAAAAGCUCAGUUCACAACUUGCUGGUAGUAAACAAAUGGAAGUGAACAUCCCUGUGACAGCCCCAGAAGGCAUUGCAGCAGAGGGAGAUGAAGAGGCUAACAAGAGUAUUGAAGAACUCUGGGAAAUCAUCAGAUUUGUUCGUCGGGAAAAGGAGAUCUCUGAGACAAAGUGUGAACUAUCACAGUCAGAAAGCAUUCGCUAACAGCAACGCUGUGAAUACC